AUGAAGCCAGUGGGGGUGGAGAUGUGUGAAGGCUGCGGCAGGACCAUCCAAGACAGGUUCAUCAUGAGAGUUAUCGACACUUCGUGGCAUGAAGACUGCCUCGUCUGUUGUGUGUGUCGCGUCCAGCUACAACACUCUUGCUUCGCCAGGGACAACAAAAUCUAUUGCAAACUCGAUUACGACAGACUAUUCUCUGUGAAGUGCGCCGGGUGUGGUGACCGCCUCCUGCCUCACGAACUGGUCAUGCGAGCACAGUCUCUGGUCUUUCAUCUGCACUGUUUUGCCUGUGUGGUGUGCUGUCAAGUGCUGCAGAAGGGUGACCAGUACGUGCUGCGGGGCCACCAGCUCUUCUGCAGAGCAGACUACGAGAAGGAGAUGUUUCUCCUGCAGCAGCACGGGCCGCAGAGUGAGUGGCUGAGUCCUCUGGGCGACGACUUUAUAGUGGACGACGGAUCAAGACCUAGAGACGGUAGACGGGGUCCUAAAAGACCCAGAACAAUACUGACGUCGGCGCAGAGGAAGCAGUUCAUGGCCUCCUUUAGUGUGUCUCCCAAGCCUUGCAGAAAGGUGCGCGAGCAGCUGGCCAAGGAGACGGGUCUGAGCGUAAGAGUGGUACAAGUGUGGUUUCAGAACCAGCGGGCGAAGAUGAAGAAACUACAGCGAAGAGCUAAACAGACGGAACACAACAACAACGACAAAGACGAGAAAGAAGACAAGGGUGAAGGUGGGAAGAAGGAAGGAAGUGGAGAAGGCCAGUAUGGUGGACUAACACCCAUAGACUCUCUUGACUCACCCUACGCCACUACACCCAAGAGUUCUGCUGUGCCCUACUCUCCUGAGGGAGAGAGUUUCCCAGCUCACAGCGGCGAGUCCUUCUGCGGCUCUGACAUCAGUUUCGAGGAAGGUCGUAUGGACCAGUUUGAUGACCAGGGAGAAAUGUCGUCCAGUGGUGGGGCGGCGUCGGCACCCAGCCAGGCACCCCCUGAUGUGCCAGCCAUGGUGGGUGUGCCUGCUACCAUGUAUCCACAGAUCAACCCCAUAGACAAGCUCUACCUCAUGCAGAACUCUUAUUUCGACCACUGACGCCAGCCCCUCCCUCGCCCUCCCGACGGCCUCAAGCUAGGGGAUGUUAUCGCAAGUUUCAAGGAGAGCGAGACGCGAGGGGUCAAGCCCGAGGUGUCAUCAGAGUGUGCAGCCCCAGCGCCUGCCAGCCUGCCUGGGGUAGGCCUUCCUGGGGUAGGCCUACCUGGGGUGGGUAGCCUGUCUGGGGUGAGCGGCUUGGCAGGAGUGGGUGGCCUACCUGGUGUAGGUAACCUCCCAGCGGUGGCGGGUCUUCCUACCUGGGAGUUUCCUUUCUGAAGUCGUCUUCAGAAGGGUACAGAGGGCUAAAUCCACUUCAGAUAAGAGGUCUCCUGGUAUUGUGAGCCACACCCCCGUCAGGAGAGUCCACUGAUGUUUGCAAACACCUGCUGGUCCACCCCGGUUAACUUAAUUAUUGUGAGAGUGAGACAGAUGAUAGAUCCAGGUGAGACAAGAAGCGCCAAGACAGCAACCAAGUGAUGCUGUGGUGGUGUUCCUCUCUCUAACACCCACCAGGUGAUGCUGUGCUAGUGUUCCCCUUACCAACACAAACCAGGUGAUGCUGUGCUAGUGUUUCCCUCACAAACUCACAGCAGGUGAUGCUGUGCUAGUGUUCCCAGGUGAUGCUGUGCUCCUUCUCCCUUCACCAACACACACCAGGUGAUGCUGUGCUCCUUCUCUCCUCACUAACACACACCAGGUGAUGCUGUGCUCCUU